AUGCCAUUCAAGGUUCCUCUUGGUCUCUGCCACAUCCAAGAUCGGAUCAGGAAGUGGAACUUCACACUCAUUACAACUAUUUCUCUACCUCUUAACCCUGACAUUGAUGAUAUAUAUGAAUGGGUUGCUGGUGAUACCCCUUCUCACUCUUUCAGGUCAUCAACCACGUGGGAGAUGCUCAGGCCAAAGCAGGAGGAAGUAGACUGGUGCGAUGUGGUCUGGUUCAAAGGGGCAGUUCCCAAGCAUUCCUUUACGAUGUGGCUUGCAAACUAUGAUAGAUUACCAACACGAAACAGGCUUGCUUCAUGGGGAAUGACGGUGACAACGGACUGCCCGUUCUGUUCAAGAGAAGUGGAGACAAGUGAUCACCUGUUCCUGAGAUGCGAGUACACCCAAGAUGUCUGGAGUGUAGUCUUCAGCAGAUGCCACCCCCCUUUGGCGAGCUUCUCGGACUGGUCCGAACUACUAUCUUGGAUCCGAGCAGCUGCGACACCAGAGCUAAAGCUUCUUAGGAAACUAGCUUCUCAAGCUACGAUUUUCCAUUUAUUGAAGCAAAGAAACAACCUGAUACAUAAUCACAUCUCACUCUCUCCUGUUUCAAUCUUCUACUGCAUUGAUAAGGAGUUGAGAAACAUUAUCUCAGCAAGGAAAGGCAGGAAGCACUUUAGAUAUCUUAUGUCCAUGUGGUUGAGAUAA